UUGUGGUAUAUGCAAUCAUUUAGUGAGGUACGAAUGUUGUUUUUGUGUCUAGCAGUGCUGCACUUUAUUGUUGUAACCGCCCGCGCCUCAGUUGUCUUUGAGGAUUGCGGGUCGGCUUACGAUUUAAAAAGUGUGAACAUAGAAGGAUGUGGCCUGAGGCUCCCAUGUUACGUGACACUAGGAGAGGAAAUUCCAGUAAAUGUUGAAUUUUAUGCUGAUUUUGUAUCACGUCAACUGGAUCAAGAUGUCACAAUAAAUAUAAAUUUCAUUCACGCCAGAACAUCAGUGACUCCAGAACCAUGUGAAACUGUAAUGUGCCCGGUGCAGACGGAUGCUGUUACUUCCUUCACCAGCGUCAUGUCGGUACCCACUAAUAUGGCUUUGAAUCAACGCGGCUUCUUGCAAUGGCGAGUGUAUAAUGAAAACGGCAUGCAAGUGCUCUGCUACUAUGUGAUCGUGCAAACUCAAAAUUACUUUCAAAAAGUUUUAAGGCGAUUUAUUAGCAACUCAGACGAUGGUUACGAGCCAGGUGACAACGAUAUUCCCUACAAAGAAACGUUAUAUAAAAAAUUAAAUGGAACCGACUUAUACAUGCAAAGGCUAUUAAGAAAUUAUUACAAAAACAAGACCAUUAGUAACUAAAAGUUUUAAUUAAAC